CUUUCGUAUUUUUCAACAGACACGUGAAGGCAGCAAAGGUCCACCACCCACCGGUGCAGUGAUAUUGAGAGGUCAAUCGUCUUCCAAUUUAAAACUGAACAGGAAUCCAAGAUGUCUGGAGAACUGUCCCUCAACAUUAAUAUCAAAGAGCCACGAUGGGACCAGGGAACAUUCAUGGGUCGAGCUCGGCACUUCUUCAUGGUCACGGAUCCCAGGACUGUCCUCCUGUCCUCCGAGACUCUGGAUGAGGCCAGAGUGAUUGUGGAGAACUACAGAUCUGGGAUUGUGACGCCGGGCUUGACGGAGGAUCAGUUGUGGAGGGCCAAGUAUGUGUACGACUCUGCCUUCCACCCCGACACCGGGGAAAAGAUGUUCGUGAUUGGCCGGAUGUCUGCUCAGGUGCCCAUGAACAUGUCCAUCACUGGCUGCAUGCUCACCUUCUACAGGACAACUCCGGCUGUGGUGUUCUGGCAGUGGGUUAACCAGUCCUUCAACGCCGUGGUCAACUACACAAACCGCAGUGGAGAUGCGCCCAUCACUGUUAAUCAGCUUGGUGCAGCCUAUGUGAGUGCUACUACCGGUGCUGUGGUCACAGCCCUGGGACUCAAGUCUCUGGCCAAGCGUCUGCCGCCAAUCGCCAGCCGCUUUGUGCCUUUCGCUGCCGUGGCCGCCGCUAACUGUAUCAACAUUCCUUUCAUGAGACAGAGGGAGUUGAAGUACGGCAUUCCCGUGACAGACAAGAAUGGAAACAGGUUAGGAGAGAGUGUCAGUGCGGCCCAGCAGGCAAUCAUGCAGGUGGUGGUGUCCAGGAUUGGCAUGGCAGUGCCAGCCAUGGCUAUCCCACCAGUCAUAAUGAAUGCUCUGGAAAAGCGAGCUUUCAUGAAGCGCUUCCCAAUUCUAAACGCUCCCGUCCAGGUGGGGCUUGUAGGCCUGUGCCUGGUGUUUGCCACCCCUUUGUGCUGCGCCCUGUUUCCACAAAAGAGCUCUAUGCGUGUGAGCGGUCUGGAGGCGGAGCUUCAGGAAAGGAUACAGCAAAGCAGCCCAGGCACCAGCGUGGUCUACUUCAACAAGGGCCUGUAGGACCAGGACACACGCACAAGUGUACGGUACAAGCAAUAUAGUUUGUGCUUCUAAAGUUCAUCCCAAGGAGUCAAGCAAUCAAAGUAGGCUGGAUGUUCCUAACCUAACUGAUGUAUUUUGUAUAGAGCGAACUGAUUGACCUUGAAUGUACCAUCACACAUUGAUUGAUCAGAUUAGUUGUACAGCUACCUUGGAACCAUUAUUGAUUUUAGUCAGAUGUCAACCUUUUUUUUUUUUUUUUUUUUUUUUAAGUGUACUCACACACCCUUUGUAGUCAUAGUUACAAUACCACUUACUGUAACAGCUUCAACUUUUACCUUGCUGUAAUUCGGCACUUUUUUUUUUUUAAACACAGGCCUACCGUUGUGAUCGUAAUCUACUUAAAAGGUUAAAAAAGUCUGACUUAUACACUGUAACUCUGCACUUGUCCUACGUAAUAAUUAUUACAUGAAUCACAACAACGCAACAUUGUGGGGACCGGAGGACAAAUGUAAGCAAAUGUUAACAUUUGAACAGGAACUUCAUGCUAGGUUAGCCAUUUUGCUCACACCUUUGUAUAUUUGAUCCAGGCUGUAUUUUAAGAUGUCUAGCAAAGCCUGCCUUUUUUUUUUUUUUUUUUAAACAAAAUUGCAAUUAGUCUGACAUUUGGUGGUCCUAAACAGGCGACAGGGGCAUACAUUACUGUUAGAACCUCAUUAAAAAGUCCAUUUUGCAAAAGUAGGAGACUUAAGUCAAUCGUACCCAAGACACUGCCUUGUUUCAAACCAGUACAACCUACUUAGAACAAAAAGAAAAAUUAGAUUUUUAGACAAAUAUACAUAUACCUAUAAUUUUAAUCAUGUGCGUGACAAUGGUGUGCAACAUGGAUUCUACAUGAAUUGAUGUAAAUGAUAUACUGGACAUGUAGCUUUAUUUCAAGAUAUAUGUAAAAGGAGUGAAGUAAAAAACAUGUUUGAGUGUGGUCUUUUUGCUGUGUUGGCUAUUACAGGGUUGUUCUGCUCUUCAGCUAAGCUUUUUAUGUUUAUACGCGUGUCAUACUAUAUUUGCUUGGAUGUAUUUAUAGACUAUAUAAAAUGUAUUUUAUGGUAAAGGGGUGUUGUGCCUCUGAAAGCACCAGCUGGCCCGAAGAGGAAGUUUCUCGUGUUUAGGGUCUUUUCUCUUUAAGUAUCAACUUGGUUUAUGUAGUCCAGUCUCUAGAUUUCCGAAGUCCGUUAAGCUCAUUGGAAUUAAAACAAGUAUUUUUUAAUGGUUUCAUUCCAAAGUGAUAGCAAUUUUAUAUUUUGGAAAUUACUCAUGACAGCGAAUAGUCAACUGUUUUUUUUUUUUAAGCUAUCCAGCGUUUCAUUCUACUACAUGCUCCGUUACUUUCAUUCAAUCUAGAUAACAUAUGCUGCUGCUAUGGUAAAAUAUUGAUUGUACUUGCCAAGUGUGCUAGAUUAUGAACUGUUAAUUUUCCUGAAGGAAUCAAUAGAUUUAUCUGUAUGUGUUACUGCGGGUACAAGAACAAUCUCAUCUGUUCUGAAAGAGUAAUGAAACUCAGCACUUCAGUUAAAUGUAUCCAAAAGAAAGUACCAUUUGCCCAGGACUAGAAAGACUUAAGUUUGUCCUUAACUGUGAAGGUUCUCAUUCAUUCAGGGAAUUAAAUUGUUCACAACUGGACUGCUUGGUUUGUCUUGGAAGACGUUUCGCCGCUCAUCCUAGUAGGCUUCAUCAGUUCAGACUGGUAGUAUUCGAUCCACAGCGAUCGUUCUGCCACCCAAUACUUCAAUGCUAACGAGGGGAAUUUACAUUGACUGUUAGGAUUGCCCGUUUGCAUUAAGAGUUUCUCACUACAUUCGAGCAAAACCACCCUUGCCCAGACACUCUCCUGGUUUGGGAUUAUAAAUAUUUGGGGUUUUGGCACAAACCGUUGGACUUGAUCUGACCAAUCCAAGUCUGAGCACGAACUGAUGAAGCCUACUCGGAUAAGCGGUGAAAUGUCUAAGACAAACCAAGCAGUCCAGUUGCGAACGAUUAAAUGCCCAGAGAUGACUUAAGUUCAUCAUUAGCUUAAUUUUGUCUUUAUGCAUAGGUGGUUUUGUACUAUGUCACUAUGCAACAAACAGGUGUCACAUAAAUGUGAUUUUAGUUAGUCAAACCUCAUGAAUUGUUUAGCAUAAAAAUAAAAGGCACAAAAUGUUAGACAAUCCGUGUGAUUACACUCCAUGAAUGUUUUCACCUUCAUGUAAACACUGUCAGUAUCGGUGCUGUGUACUCUUCCUGUUUUGUGUUAUGGAUUAAAUAUGACUUGGAAAUCCAAAAAUUUCUGCAAUUUAUUUUUUUUAUUUUUAUUAAAGAGCUGCAUUAAACAAAAAUGCCAAAAACACUACUUAAUGCAAGGACUGUGCAAUAUAUGUUUGAAUCCAACUAUCCAUAUUCAAAUUAAUGCUAAUACAGUAAACCCUUGUUUGAGGUUGACUGCGGUAACUUAAUUGUCAAAGUAGGAAUUCAUUGUAAAUCUACCUCAUUUAUACUUUUAUUCAAUUUAGUAAUGCAACCAGAGAAUGAACCAAUCAUCCAAGAGACAGACCAGCCCUGGUUUGGUCUCAUCGAGUAGCCAGUACUAUAGUAUUGGUAUUUGCCAUUUAUGCUUGAAAAUGCCUAAUUUAGGCCACAAUCUUUGAAGCAUUGACAAGAGACAACUACAUUUUCAUGCUCACUUAAGACAGCUCCAAGUUUAUUUUUUUUUAGCCAUUUUAGGUUUUAAAACACUUAAAUUUCUAUUUCUAAAAAUAAGUUUGUUUAUAGGCAACCCACUUGCAUCCUGAUUUGUAAAAAAUAAGUUUGUUUAAAAAGGCAGUUGAAAAUGUUUUCCAAAUCAACUUGUUUUGACUUAAGUGCAUUUGCUUUGUGGACAUUAGGUAUUCUGUCACUAUAAUGUGUCAAAACAUUGCCACCAAGGUUUGGUAUUAUCUGGAAAGAAAAAUGUAUCGGCACUGAUGAAUUGAAAUAUACAAUAUUUUCUACACUGCAUUUCAAUGUCAGAUUACAAGUUUACAUUUCAUAGCUUUUGUGAGAUUUUACCAAAGUAAACUUGUUUUGUUAGAGGGGCUUAGUGUAACUUUUUUCUUCAAUGCCAAAACUUAGUGGCAACAUUCUGACUCCAUAUGAGAUGCAUCAAAUCAUGCUUCUAUAGAAGAUGUGAAAGGUUUGUAAU